AGCCUCACAGAUACAGGGAGAAUUUCAGAUCUGAGGUAAAAUAUGGCGGCACCCGCGAGACGGCUGGUGCGACCUACGCUUUUUAUCUGCGAUUUGCAGGAGAAGUUUAGGAGUGCGAUCUAUGAAUUCCCAAAGGUCGUCGCCACGACGCAGAAGCUCCUGAAAGCCAGCCAAGUGCUCGACAUCCCAGUCUUUGCAACGACGCAAUUGCGAGGCAAGCUAGGCGAGACAUGUCCCGAACUAGGCCUGGACGCAGAAGGUGGUGUGAAGACGAAGGCGCACGCGGACAAGAGUGCUUUCAGCAUGUGGAUCCCAGAAGUGCAAAAGGCAUUCAAAGAGCUUGGACCUGAGAAGAGAGAGGUAGUGAUCGUGGGCAUUGAAUCACACAUUUGCGUCACGCAGACGACGCUGGAUCUGCUCCGGGAAGGACAUAAGGUGUACGUUCUCGCGGACGGAGUGUCGAGCUGUAAUCGGGAGGAGAUUCCCAUCGCACUUGCUCGCUUGCGGGCGGAAGGAGCGGUCGUCACCAGUUCUGAGAGUUUCCUGUAUGAGUGCAUGGGAGACGCUGGUCUGGCGGAGUUCAAGGCGAUCGCGGGUAUAGUCAAGGAGAACAGCGGCAAGACGAAGGAGAACCUGCAAGCGCUUUGCAAGUUUUGA